AUGGCUGCCCUGGCCUUGGUGGGGUUUGCGCUCCUCCUGGGGGCUCCCCCAUGCUUGGGGGCAGCUACCCCGACCCCCUCUCUGCCGCCCUCACCCACCAAUGAGAGCGACACCAGCACGGAGGUCUGCCAGGGUUCCAACCGCUGCCAGCCCGGCGUCCUGCUGCCCGUCUGGGAGCCGGACGACCCCUCACUGGGCGACAAGGCGGCGCGGGCGGUGGUCUACUUCGUGGCCAUGGUCUACAUGUUCCUGGGCGUGUCCAUCAUCGCCGACCGCUUCAUGGCCUCCAUCGAGGUCAUCACGUCCAAGGAGAAGGAGAUCACCAUCACCAAGGCCAACGGCGAGACCAGCGUGGGCACCGUCCGCAUCUGGAACGAGACGGUGUCCAACCUCACGCUCAUGGCGCUGGGCUCCUCGGCGCCCGAGAUCCUGCUGUCCGUCAUCGAGGUGUGCGGCCACAACUUCCAGGCGGGCGAGCUGGGCCCCGGCACCAUCGUGGGCAGCGCCGCCUUCAACAUGUUCGUGGUCAUCGCCGUGUGCGUGUACGUCAUCCCAGCCGGCGAGAGUCGCAAGAUCAAGCACCUGCGGGUCUUCUUCGUCACCGCCUCCUGGAGCAUCUUCGCCUACGUCUGGCUGUACCUCAUCCUGGCCGUCUUUUCCCCGGGGGUGGUCCAGGUGUGGGAGGCGCUGCUGACCCUCAUCUUCUUCCCGGUGUGCGUGGUGUUCGCCUGGAUGGCGGACAAGCGGCUGCUCUUCUACAAGUACGUGUACAAGCGCUACCGCACCGACCCGCGCAGCGGCAUCAUCAUCGGCGCCGAGGGCGACCCGCCCAAGAGCAUCGAGAUGGACGGCGCGUUCAUGGGCGCCGAGGCGGCGGGCGAGGCGGGCGGCCCGGGCGCCGGCCCCGCGGAGGCGCGCGAGCUGGACGCCAGCCGCCGCGAGGUCAUCCAGAUCCUCAAGGACCUGAAGCAGAAGCACCCGGACAAGGACCUGGAGCAGCUGGUGGGCAUCGCCAACUACUACGCGCUGCUGCACCAGCAGAAGAGCCGCGCCUUCUACCGCAUCCAGGCCACGCGCAUGAUGACGGGCGCGGGCAACGUGCUGCGGCGCCACGCGGCCGACGCCUCCCGCCGCGCCGGGCCCGCCGACGCCGCGGCCGAGGAGGAGGACGACGGCGCCAGCCGCAUCUUCUUCCAGCCCGGCCUGUACCACUGCCUGGAGAACUGCGGCUCCGUGCUGCUGGCCGUGGCCUGCCAGGGCGGCGAGGGCAACAGCACCUUCUACGUGGACUACCGCACGGAGGACGGCUCGGCCAAGGCGGGCUCCGACUACGAGUACAGCGAGGGCACGCUGGUGUUCAAGCCGGGCGAGACGCUGAAGGAGCUGCGCAUCGGCAUCAUCGACGACGACAUCUUCGAGGAGGACGAGCACUUCUUCGUGCGGCUGCUGAACCUGCGCGUGGGCGACGCGCAGGGCAUGUUCGAGCCCGACGGCGGCGGGCGGCCCAAGGGGCGGCUGGUGGCGCCGCUGCUGGCCACGGUCACCAUCCUGGACGACGACCACGCGGGCAUCUUCUCCUUCCAGGACCGCCUGCUGCACGUGAGCGAGUGCAUGGGCACCGUGGACGUGCGCGUGGUGCGCAGCUCGGGCGCGCGCGGCACCGUGCGCCUCCCCUACCGCACGGUGGACGGCACGGCGCGCGGCGGCGGCGUGCACUACGAGGACGCGUGUGGCGAGCUCGAGUUCGGCGACGACGAGACCAUGAAAACCCUUCAGGUGAAGAUCGUGGAUGACGAGGAAUACGAGAAAAAGGACAAUUUCUUCAUCGAGCUGGGCCAGCCACAGUGGCUUAAGCGAGGGAUUUCAGCUCUGCUGCUCAAUCAAGGGGAUGGGGACAGGAAGCUGACUGCCGAGGAGGAGGAGGCUCGGAGGAUAGCAGAGAUGGGCAAGCCAGUUCUCGGGGAAAACUGCCGGCUGGAAGUCAUCAUUGAAGAGUCGUAUGAUUUUAAGAACACGGUGGAUAAACUCAUCAAGAAAACGAACUUGGCUUUGGUGAUCGGAACCCAUUCGUGGAGGGAGCAGUUUUUGGAGGCAAUUACGGUGAGCGCAGGGGACGAGGAGGAGGAGGAGGACGGGUCCCGGGAGGAGCGGCUGCCUUCGUGCUUUGACUACGUCAUGCACUUCCUGACGGUGUUCUGGAAGGUGCUGUUCGCCUGCGUGCCCCCCACUGAGUACUGCCACGGCUGGGCCUGCUUCGGCGUCUGCAUCCUGGUCAUCGGCCUGCUCACCGCCCUCAUCGGGGACCUUGCCUCCCACUUUGGCUGCACCGUGGGCCUCAAGGACUCCGUCAAUGCCGUGGUCUUCGUGGCCCUGGGCACCUCCAUCCCCGACACCUUCGCCAGCAAGGUGGCGGCGCUGCAGGACCAGUGCGCGGACGCGUCCAUCGGCAACGUGACGGGUUCCAACGCGGUGAACGUGUUCCUGGGCCUGGGCGUGGCCUGGUCGGUGGCCGCCGUGUACUGGGCGGUGCAGGGCCGCCCCUUCGAGGUGCGCACCGGCACGCUGGCCUUCUCCGUCACGCUCUUCACCGUCUUCGCCUUCGUGGGCAUCGCCGUGCUGCUGUACCGGCGCCGGCCGCACAUCGGCGGCGAGCUGGGCGGCCCGCGCGGCCCCAAGAUCGCCACCACCGCGCUCUUCCUGGGCCUCUGGUUCCUCUACAUCCUCUUCGCCAGCCUCGAGGCCUACUGCCACAUCCGGGGCUUCUAG